GCUGAUUACUUAGGCUAUGUCAUUUAUCCUCAGGAUACACCUAUUGUUUGUGUUACAGUGGCUAAGAGAUUCGUCAGUGAGUUUGGAGUUCUACGCAUUUCAGCAGGAGAAGCUGUUCGCACCAUUCUGGCCACUCAGAAGAAAACUGAACUGGCUAUUCACAUUUUGAAACAUCUGCAAAAGGGAUUGGUAGUACCAGAUGAAUUUGUUAUAAAAUGUAUUGAACUCAUCCUAAUGGAUGUCAUAUGCAACACAAGAGGAUUUGUCCUAGAUGGCUAUCCAGUGACCAGACAUCAAAUAAAUCUCAUGAACAAUUGUAAAAUAAUACCUGUUAAAAUUAUAGAACUGCAAGCAGAUAUAAAAGAGAUUUUGAAAAGAGGUCUCAUUGACAGCAAGUCACCAGACAGGACCUAUCCACUCCAUGACAGUUCUCAAAUUCUGACUGUUCGAAACUCAUCGUAUAUUCAUGAGAUUAGCGCUAUCUGGAAAUAUUAUCAAGUGGAGCAUCAAAAUUGGCACAUUAUUUAUGCACUGCAUAGCAAAUGGUGGGUGUGGGAAAAAGUGCUAGAAAUUGUUAAAACCAGUGUGAAACAGAUUGAACUAUAUCUGCAAAGAAUACAAGAAG